AUGAGCACCAUGCGCCUGCUGCUGCUCGCCGCGCUCGUCUCCUUCUCCUUCGCCCGCGCCGGCUGCGAGCCCAAGAUCGUCAACAUCGGCGCGGUGUUGAGCACCAAGAAGCACGAGCAGAUCUUCCGCGAGGCGGUGAACCAGGCCAACAAGCGCCACGGCACGUGGAAGAUCCAGCUGAACGCCACCUCGGUCACCCACAAGCCCAACGCCAUCCAGAUGGCCCUGUCCGUCUGCGAGGACCUCAUCUCCAGCCAGGUCUAUGCAAUAUUAGUUAGUCACCCACCUGCUCCAAAUGAUCACCUAACACCAACACCUGUAUCAUACACAGCUGGCUUCUACAGGAUUCCUGUCAUUGGUCUGACAACACGCAUGUCUAUAUAUUCUGAUAAGAGCAUCCACCUGUCCUUCCUGCGCACUGUCCCACCGUACUCUCACCAGUCCAAUGUCUGGUUUGAGAUGAUGCGUGUGUACAACUGGAAUCACAUCAUACUAAUAGUCAGUGAUGACCAUGAGGGUCGCGCUGCACAGAAGAAGCUGGAGACGCUCCUGGAAGAGAGAGAAUCCAAGAGUAAAAAAAGGAACUAUGAAAACCUCGACCAACUUUCCUAUGACAACAAGCGAGGACCCAAGGCUGAGAAAGUUCUUCAGUUUGACCCUGGAACCAAAAACGUGACUUCGCUGCUGCUUGAGGCGAAGGAGCUGGAGGCUCGGGUUAUCAUCCUUUCUGCAAGUGAGGAUGACGCCGCCACAGUGUACAGAUCGGCAGCCAUGCUCAAUAUGACGGGCUCAGGAUAUGUGUGGCUGGUGGGGGAGAGAGAGAUAUCUGGCAAUGCCCUGCGAUACGCCCCUGACGGGGUGAUUGGUUUGCAGCUCAUUAACGGGAAGAACGAGUCAGCUCACAUCAGCGAUGCUGUCGCAGUGGUAGCUCAGGCAGUGCAUGACUUAUUCGAGAAGGAGAAUAUCACGGACCCCCCGAGAGGCUGCGUUGGGAACACCAACAUCUGGAAGACUGGCCCUCUUUUCAAGAGAGUGUUGAUGUCGUGCAAGUACACCGAGGGCGUGACCGGGAGAGUGGAGUUCAAUGAAGAUGGGGACAGGAAAUUCGCCAAUUACAGCAUCAUGAACCUGCAGAACCGGAAACUGGUUCAAGUUGGGGUUUACAAUGGCAGCCAUGUCCUGCCCAAUGACCGGAAGAUCAUCUGGCCGGGGGGAGAGACAGAGAAACCUGCGGGCUAUCAAAUGUCAACCAAAUUGAAGAUUGUGACAAUUCACCAAGAGCCCUUUGUGUACGUGAAAGCAACACAAGCCGAUGGAACAUGUAAGGAAGAAAUUACCAUCAAUGGAGACCCCGUGAAAAAGGUCUUUUGCACUGGACCCAAUGAGACCAUCCCAGGUAACUGCCGCCCCACUGUGUCGCUGUGCUGCUACGGCUUCUGCAUCGACCUGCUGAUCAGACUUGCAGGGGUGAUGAAUUUCACCUACGAAGUUCACCUGGUUGCUGAUGGUAAAUUUGGCACACAGGAGCGGGUCAAUAACAGCAAUAAGAAGGAGUGGAACGGGAUGAUGGGGGAGCUCCUGAGCGGCCAGGCAGACAUGAUCGUGGCCCCCCUCACCAUCAACAAUGAGCGUGCGCAGUACAUCGAAUUCUCCAAGCCCUUCAAGUACCAGGGUCUCACCAUCCUGGUGAAGAAGGAAAUCCCCCGCAGCACCCUCGACUCGUUCAUGCAGCCUUUCCAGAGCACGCUGUGGCUGCUGGUGGGACUCUCGGUGCAUGUGGUGGCCGUGAUGUUAUAUCUCUUAGACCGGUUCAGCCCGUUUGGCCGGUUCAAAGUGAACAGUGAGGAAGAGGAGGAAGACGCACUGACCCUCUCCUCGGCCAUGUGGUUCUCUUGGGGAGUGCUGCUGAACUCUGGGAUCGGAGAAGGUGCUCCCCGGAGCUUCUCUGCUCGUAUCCUUGGCAUGGUGUGGGCUGGCUUUGCUAUGAUCAUUGUGGCUUCCUACACUGCCAACCUGGCUGCCUUCCUGGUGUUAGACAGACCUGAAGAGAGAAUCACAGGCAUUAACGACCCGAGGCUGCGGAACCCCUCCGAUAAAUUCAUCUACGCCACAGUGAAGCAGAGCUCGGUGGACAUUUACUUCCGGCGGCAGGUGGAGCUGAGCACCAUGUACCGGCACAUGGAGAAGCACAACUAUGAGAGCGCUGCCGAAGCCAUCCAGGCCGUCAGGGACAACAAGCUCCACGCCUUCAUCUGGGACUCGGCAGUGCUGGAGUUCGAAGCCUCCCAGAAGUGUGACCUGGUGACAACAGGGGAGCUUUUCUUCCGCUCUGGCUUUGGGAUUGGGAUGCGCAAAGACAGCCCCUGGAAGCAGAACGUCUCCCUGGCCAUCCUCAAAUCCCACGAGAACGGCUUCAUGGAGGAUUUGGACAAGACUUGGGUGAGGUAUCAGGAGUGUGAUUCCCGUAGCAAUGCCCCAGCAACACUCACCUUUGAAAAUAUGGCAGGUGUAUUUAUGCUGGUGGCUGGAGGUAUUGUUGCCGGGAUAUUUUUAAUAUUCAUAGAAAUAGCUUACAAAAGGCAUAAGGAUGCGCGGAGGAAGCAGAUGCAGCUGGCGUUUGCGGCCGUUAAUGUGUGGCGGAAAAACCUGCAGGAUAGAAAAAGUGGUAGAGCAGAACCUGACCCUAAAAAGAAAGCCACUUUUAGGUCCAUCACCUCCACCCUGGCCUCCAGCUUCAAGAGACGUAGGUCCUCCAAAGAUACGCAGUAUCAUCCCACUGACAUCACCGGGCAACUCAACCUCUCCGACCCCUCAGUCAGCACUGUGGUGUGA